GAACAUCCUACCCCUCCUCUUCCUCCUCCUCCUCCUCCUCUUUCUUCUUAACGGCCGCAACCAUCUGCCGCCUCUUUUUGUAAUUUCUAACCCAGCAGAUUAUUUCCCUCAGACGUCUACUUGCGCUUGAAACGACCCAAACAUCGCUUCCCUCACGGAGAGCAACUGCGCAAAGGAGCGGGACAGAGGCAGCGCCACCGCGCAGGAGGAGGACCGGGGCGCCGCGUCCAUGCAACCCGACAGCGGAGGUUCAUAGAGACGAGCGCGUUUGAACUAAGGACCGGAGAACAAGCAGCAACUCUGCAGCCUUCGCUUAGGGAGGGAGGGAGCGAGGGAGGCAACUGUUUAGCAGAUCUUGGAAACCCUGGGUGAGGUGAGGGGAGGGAGGGAGGAGAAUGAGCUAUUCUUGUACCAGCAGAGGCAAUAGCCAGGACCCAUCAAGCGCUAAUCCAGCCAGAACUACCGACGGCGGCACGGACAGCACCGGCAACGGCAGCCCGAAGCAAACGGCGGUGAUGAAAGUGAAGAAAGGCUGCAACUCGGCCGAGGUGGAGGUCCCGGUGACCACGGAGGAGGAGCUGCUGGGGAGGACGGCGAUCACUCCGGAGGAUGUUCUGGGCUUGCAGAAGAUCACAGAGCAUUAUCUUUGCAGCCCAGACGAGAAUGUUUUCAAUAUCGAUUUCACAAGGUUCAAGAUCAGAGACAUGGAGACGAGCACAGUGCUGUUUGAAAUCACCAAACCUCCGUCCACAGAUAAGUCAGGAGAGAAGAGGGAUAUCGACCCGAACGCUGGCCGUUUUGUUCGUUACCAGUUCACCCCUGCUUUCCUCCGACUGCGGCAGGUUGGAGCUACCGUCGAGUUUACAGUUGGUGACAUGCCGAUAGAAAACUUCCGGAUGAUUGAGAGACAUUAUUUCAGGGAGAAGCUGCUCAAGAGUUUCGACUUUGAGUUUGGCUUCUGUAUGCCCAGCAGCAAGAACACCUGUGAGCACAUCUACGAAUUCCCGCCUCUGUCAGAGGACACCAUCAGAGAGAUGGUCCUGCACCCAUACGAGACGCAGUCUGACAGCUUCUACUUUGUGGACAAUAAGCUGGUGAUGCACAACAAGGCAGACUACUCCUACAAUGGCGGCACAUAGAGACGCCGCCUUUGCCGCAGGAGACAGGUGGAUUAAUGGACCAACCUGCAGGACAGUCAGAGGACAGCGUUGGCUUCAACUUCCUGUGUUUCUUUUGCUCUGUUUGUCUUUCUCCUGUUGAUACGACUCCAUCCAGCAGCAGAUGGGUUUGUGAUAAUCUCAGUGUUUGUGUGUAAGCACACAGACACGCAUCUGAAGAAGCUGCAUACACACAAACACACACACAUGGACACAGACACGGAGUGUGUUUGUAACAUGAUAAACCAGCAGAAAAGCGACGCUUACAUUUCAGAUGGUUUUUAGCCACGUCAUGAAAAAAAGUUUUCAAAUAAUAAUAGAAACUAUUUUUUUUAUUCAGGUAGAUAAUGGUAGGAAUCAUAGAGCCUUGUAAAAAUAUUCAUAAGUCUUGAAUUUCUGAUUUCAUCACAAUUUUGCUGGACGUUUAAUUUGUCCAGAAGUUAUUGCAAUAAAUGAGCUUAUUUUCAAGUAAGGGAAUAAAAAUGCAAGAGCACAUUCUCAAAGAUCAACAAACUUUUAGCACUGGAAAUGGAAAACAUUUUAAAAAUCCAAAAUGAAUAAACAAAGGCAACAGAAACAACAGUUAAAUGAAUUGUGGAGUCUUUGUAAAUAAAACUGUCCUUCAAAAAAAGAGCUGGCUGACACCAACGAAACCCACUGAAGACUUUUAUCAUCCAAUUUUUGGUAGAAAGAGAUAAAAUAGAAAAACAAUAAAUAAUACAGAUUGAAAUUAAUGAGCUUAUUUUAAUAUAUUAUGCAGUUAAUUGAUUUAUUGCUUAUUGCGGCAGGCCUAAUCACAAUUUUCUAUUCUAUUUUAUGUAGAGCACCAAAUUCAAAGUCAGAUUUGCUUCUGGACUUUGAUUAGGCCAUGCCAACACAUGGCUAUGUUUUGAUCUAACUGCAGCUGUAUGGUUGCACAAACCUGUUGCAGACUCCAACAGGUUUUCUUUGCCACGUUUCAUCGUAGAAUGAAACCUGUUAAAAAAAAGAUACUACAAAUAUUAUUUUCACUUCAAAACCAUCUGAAAAAAAUCCAAGUGAAAAUACAAAGUAUGUGGUUGUAAUGGGACCAAAUGUGAACAAAUUCAACUAGUUUCAAUACUUUUGCAAGGCACUGUAGGAACAAAUCUCACACUUCUAAAUGUGUUUUUAGGUCUUCAGUAAGUUUUGGGAAGAUUGUGAUUAUUUGAUUUUUUUCUUAUCUAUGUGUAUGAGUGUGUCUGCUGCCAUUUUGUACGAUUGUGUGUGUCUUUAUCCAUAGUUUGUUUGAGACAUAAACACCUCUCUGGUAAAAUAAAGAAUAUUAUUUCAAUGUCAGCAAUGUUCUAAUCUGCCUCCCGAAGGUCAAGUAGAUUUCCAGAAGCUGUCAGUUCAUUUUCUCCACAGUAAGCAGUGAUUAGUUUGAAGUUUAUGAGACUUCUGCUCCAUCUUGUUCCGGUCCUGAUUUGAUUGUUGACCUCUAAUAACUGUAGGACGUAUGUGAGUUCUGCAUUUACUCAAAGUGCAAGUUUUUUCAGAGAAACUCAUAAAGGUGGCUGGUCUUAUGUGGACAGAAAUGCACUUUUUCAUCUGUGCUUGUGUUGUACUUUAAACAACCUUGUGUUUCAUUGUUUGAAGUGAAGAUUGUCGUCUCUCUGCAGGAAGGAUGGAAAAUUACAAUUUCAGGCGAACGUUUGGUUUAGAAAAAUAUACAUUUGAAAAACGUAGCACAAUAAAAUAUUUGGAUGUUUUUUUUUUUUGUUGCGUUCAAAAAUCAUUUAUUUGUCUUAAUUUCUGCCUCAAAGUUGUUUCUGUUAUUUUCACCUCUACAUAUUCCAGAGAUUUUGAGUGUGCUACAUAAACUCCUUUUGUUUGAAGGAGAUCUGUCAUGAGAUGCCUCUAAUAUGCACACUUCAGUCAGAAACAUCCAAAUAAUUGUCUGAUAUUUAGGAGGGGAGGUGUUCGUUUUUACAUGUUUUCUGGUUUGAUGCAUUAUAUGUUUUGAUCAGUUGUGUCAAUCAAUUGAAAGGAAACCAGAUGUGUCUUCAGAUCCUGACAGAAGACACAUUUUCAUGUGAUUCACAUCGGGCCGGACUGGUUUCUGGUUUAUAGUUGAAAAAUAAAUAUGGUAAAAGUUUAAAAAUGUGACUGCAGAGAAUAAUAGACAGGAUUUGAUUGGGAAUUAAACUAAUUGACUUGAAUGUUUUGUUAGAACAUGUUUCAUAAAUAUAUAGGAGAUUUUUAAAGGACUUGUUGUGAGUCGUACAAAUUAUUUUGAAAUUAUUUAAAAUUUCCAGAUGUUGGUGAGACUUAAGAAAUGAACAAUAAAGAUUUAUUGGACUUUUUAAACCA